AUGGCUGUAUUGUCACCCAAAAAUGGUCUUCAUCUCUCCACAUCUCCUCUAGCUCAUCAGAGCAUUUUCAGCCUCAGAAUCCUCUGUGUUCAUUCUUCUGCACCCCCAGUGUCCUGCCUUCUCAAGCAUUUUUAUAUCCUGAACUUUUUGCAUGCAGUGAUGUGAGGGGAAUUCUCAGCUUAGUUUGGUCAUGUGACAGACCAGAGACACAGAAUUAAGAUUCAUCAGGGAUACAUAGUUCAAGUGAAAGAUGCAUAUCUAGGGAUCUUCAUCAAGAAACUAGUGGGUUAUGUAAAACCUUUUCCAAAA